AUGGCGCGUCGCAACACGGGUAAACCAGUCGUUGAAGAUGACGACGACGAUUGGGGCUCCAACGCCAAGUGGGUUCCCGCCUCGCAGCGCGCCGCAACCGGCGGCGGUGGCGAGCAGACGCUUAAGGAACUCGAGGACGAGGCGCUGCAGAAGAACAGCGAGUUAACGGACGCGACUCUCAAUCUGCGACGAAUCACAGAGCAGACGAAGGGCGUCGCGGGACAGACGCUGGUGACGCUUAAGGAGCAAGGCGACCAAAUCACGCGUAUACACGAGAACGCCGUUACGCUGGACCAAGAAAUGGAGAAGUCCGAGAAGCUUCUGAGCAAGCUCGGCGGGAUGUUUUCGUUCGGCUGGAAGCCGAAGAAGGGUCACAAGGUCACGGGACCCAAGACUUCAGCCAACAAGAAGGACUCGGCAUCAGGGGACGCGGCGAGCCGCGAGGGCUUGGGGUUGUCGGAGCCUAAGGCGGGCGCGGCGCCUCCCAAAGCCAAGGAGGGCAUGACAGCAAUGGAGAAGAUCGAGGUAGGAGGGUCAAAGGUGACUGUACACGAGUGUGACUAA